AUGGAUACAAUAGGACGAGAUUCUGCUGUUUGCAACGACACCUGUGGCUGCCCUGUUCCCUGUCCCGGAAGUGUGGAUUGUAGGUGCACUACCACAAGCGUGAGCUCAACCACAGCCAAAGAUGAUCAUAUGACAUGCUCAUGCGGCGAGCACUGCGGCUGCAAUCCGUGCACAUGCCCUAAGAAUGAGCAUACCAUGGGAACUGGCAGGGCCUUUUGCAAGUGUGGUGAUGGUUGUACAUGUGCAACUUGCCUUGCCAAAUGAGAGAUUGAGAUACUAUGUACUGGGGUGAAUUAAGGGUAAACAGCUAAAAGCCUCAUCAUCUCUGUGAUGAGUGGCAGAUAAUGUAGACCAGGGCUGGGUGUAU